ACUGGAACGCCGAAAUGACCUUUAUUGGAGUAUUUUGACAAGUAGUUACCGUGGCGCCGACUCCAACUGUCGUGUCAUUAAUGUCUACCUGCUGUUACAACUGUUAAUAAGCGAGGUUGUAAUAUUUAAAUUGAUCCCGUGGAGACGGGCAGCUGUCCACUCAGGAUGGGAGGAAAUGGGAGCAAAGCGAAGACUGUAUCUUUCAGGCUGGACGAACACGAGAAGGUCACAGUAGUUGAAGGAGUGAAGCUUACUGAGAAUGUCCUCCGGCGGAUGAGGGAAUCUCCUGGUUCGGAAAGAGCUUGGCCUUUGCCACCUGCUGCAGACAGUCAAAAGACAUCACCGAGUUCAAAAUCUGCAGAAGCAUCUUCACAUACACAGGAAGAGAUGCGUAAAAACUAUGAGCGUCAACAGGCUCUGGUGCAGGAGCAGCUGGCCAAACUCAACCUGAGGGAGAGAGAGACUUCAGCCAUCAAAGACAUGGAUAAGAGCAGCUCUCCUGGCUACGUAAGAAAAUGGAGAACCCAGGAAGAGCAUGAAAACAGCAAGUUACUGCCAGCAGAUUUGGAUGCGUGGGCUAGACUGUUGGAGCGAAAAGAACAGGAGCUGGCCACAAUCCAGAGUUUCUACAAAGAGCAAUUAGAAAUAAUGGAGAAAAAAAACCUUCAGAACUACAAGCAGACAGCUGAAGAGUACUUUGAGGCUGCAGCUAAAACUGGAGAGCGGAUACGGCCCCGUUACAUUGCAACCAUGUGCACUGAGCUGCAGUCCAAAGUGCUUCAAUGCUAUAAAGAAAACCCAAAGCAGACACUGCACUGCUCCAGACUGGCUCAGCAGUACAUGAACUGUGUUCAGCAAGGGAAGAAGCAGUACAGUGGCACAGCUUCCUGUAACUCGUCUUCUGGAGCAGCCUGUUUGAGCGCUGUGACAAAUCAUGGCUGAGAAACGCAGGAAUAGCUGGAAUGAGGGGUGCAGUGAAGCAACGAAGAAACAAACAUCAAAUCAAAUCCGUCCAUUUCUUCUUCUUCUAAAUCAACUUUACUUAUCUGUCCACACAUCUGUUUGGCCACCAAUAUGUAUUAACCAGCAUUUCUCACUUUUUUUUUGUCUUUGUUUUCUUUUUCUGAAUAUAACAUGUGUUGAUUUAAUGCCAAGUUGUGCCAGAGCUCGUUCUAAAAUAAAUUCUCAUAAUCCGGUGGUGA